CACAUCCAAAGCUACAAGUGGAUUACAUUCAACUAGCAGAUUUUUUUUAUCGUCUGUAUAAUAAUGCGUGUUUUAGACAUGAAGAGACCCCCGAGGCUAUUUCAUUAACGUUGAGCUAACGGCUAAUGAAACGCUGAUACUGUUGGUGGAUUAGACUGGUGGCAUAUGUAACGCUGGAGACUUUUCAAGGGCUGGGUUACAGACAUGCACCCACCAUCUCGACAGGACUAUGUAUCUAUAAGCCUUACUGGACAAGGAAGUGGAAGUUACAAUAACAGUAAGCAUUGGAGGAGGCAGUCCUGCUGGAGGAAAUGGAAGCAACUGUCCAGACUGCAGCGGAGCCUCAUUCUCUUCCUCCUUAUCCUUCUGUUCAUUUGUGGAAUUUCUUCCUAUCCUACUGUCACUGAACACCUCAAAGGCCUUACAGAUGGAGAGCAAGACACAGACAGUAACAGCGUCCUGAAGCCCGUCAUCCCUCAUGUGCUGCCUGAGCCUGUCAAACACGGACAUCCAGCUCUGCCAGAGCAACUAUCCCAGAGGAAAUUGUCCAAUAAGAGAGGACCGCCCAUUCUUCACCGUCUUCAGAAGAAAGAAAACGCUUCAAGUACAGUGGCUGAGGACAAGCCAGCUGGUGGCAAGAGAGAAGGGGAGGAGGAGGGAGUCAUCAGCUGGCAUGGAGCAGUGAUCGACACUGAGCAUGCCACAGAGGGCACCAAGGACCGGGAGAAGGAGGAUUUACCUGCCAACCCAGAGGCCAAAUCGUCUAAAGACUCAGAAGCCAGCUGGCUGGAGGAGGUGCGGGAAGCUUUCAGACAUGCGUGGAAGGGAUAUAAAGAUUUUGCUUGGGGCCAUGAUGAGCUCAGGCCCAUCUCCAAGUCUUACAGCGAGUGGUUUGGACUGGGUUUGACGCUUAUUGAUGCCUUGGACACCAUGUGGAUCCUGGGGCUUAAAGAGGAAUUUGAAGAAGCAAAGGCAUGGGUGACAGCAGAGCUCACAUUCAACAAGAAUGUAGAUGUCAACUUGUUUGAGAGCACCAUCCGCAUCCUGGGAGGCCUGCUGAGUACCUACCAUCUGACUGGAGACACGCUGUUCCUAGACAAAGCUAAAGACAUCGGCUCCAGGCUGAUGCCAGCCUUCAACACCCCAUCCAAGAUCCCCUACUCUGAUGUGAACAUUGGGAAAGGUACAGCCCACCCCCCCCGCUGGACCUCAGACAGCACUGUGGCUGAGGUUACAAGCAUCCAGCUGGAGUUCAGAGAGCUCAGCCGCCUCACCCAGGAUCCACAGUAUGAGGCUGCGGUGGCUGAGGUUAUGAAUCAGGUCCACAAGCUAGAUGGCAAGCUGGAUGGUCUCGUGCCCAUGUUCAUCAAUACAAACAACGGACAGUUCACCCAUCAAGGCAUCUACACACUGGGAGCCAGAGCCGACAGCUACUAUGAAUACCUGCUGAAGCAGUGGAUCCAGGGAGGCAAGAAGGAGGACCAGCUCUUGGAGGACUACCUGCAGGCAAUAGAGGGUGUAAAGAAGAACCUGUUGCAAAAGUCUUCUCCUAACGGCCUGACCUUCGUUGGAGAGCUCUCACAUGGACAGUUCAGCCCUAAAAUGGAUCAUCUCGUGUGUUUCCUGCCGGGCACUCUGGCCCUCGGUGCUCACAACGGCCUGCCUGCUGAUCACAUGGAUCUGGCCAGACAGCUCAUGGAGACCUGCUACCAGAUGUAUGUCCAGAUGGAGACAGGCCUCAGUCCAGAGAUAGUCCACUUCAACAUGCAUCAGGGCAGCACCCGGGACAUCGAAGUGAAGCUGGCAGACAGACACAACCUCCUGCGACCAGAGACGGCAGAGAGUCUCUUCUACCUGUACAGGUUUACCAAGGACCACAAGUACCGGGACUGGGGUUGGAAGAUUCUCAAAAACUUUGACAAGUACACCAAGGUUUCCUCCGGUGGCUACACCUCCAUCAAUAACGUGCGUGACCCAGACUACCCGAGCCCCCGGGACAAGAUGGAGAGCUUCUUCCUGGGGGAGACCCUGAAAUAUUUGUACCUGCUCUUCUCAGACGACCCCAACCUGAUCAGCCUAGACCAGUAUGUCUUCAACACUGAAGCUCAUCCUCUGCCCAUAUGGCCUUCCACUGCAUGAUGCACGCACGCAUGCACGCACGUGCGCGCGCGCGCACACACACACACACACACACACACACACACAGGAAUUCAAAUGGCACAUAUAAACACAACAGAACUUCUCAGGGUUGAUGAUAGCUUCGUCUCUUCUGUCUCAGUGAGAGAACUCCAAAACAACACAGAUGGAAAAAGCCUCUUUACUUUUUGUUUGUUAUGAGUCAUUUUGUUGUGUGGAUUUCUGGAGGUCACAGAGUUCAUGCUGGAGAAGCAGAGGACUCUUUCUGUCCUCUUCAACACACAGAUAACAUCAGCACUGAGGAGACACUUGACUUGAACUGAAGCCGUCUUCAUCACAUGUUGAGGGGAGGAGUUGGACUGAUACAUGUGUCUGAAGGCUGGGUUGAAUAUUUUCAGUUUAAAGCUCCUCAUAGCUUCUAUUUUGCUAAUAGUUCAUCAUGUUCAAUUUCUAACAAAAAUGGCCGCGCCAGAAAAAAAUCCAUAUAAACAUUUACCCUGCUUUGUAUUGUUAUUACAGAGGAGAGGUUUGUGAAACAGAAUGUAAUCCACUGUGACACAAAGCCAGUAUCUGGGGGCCUGACCCUAGUGCUUGGUGUGACAGGAGGCUGGUUGCCUUCGUAGCAACAUGUUCCCUGACAGCAGCCGCAAGCUGUCUGAACUGAAACCAACCACUGCCUGCUGCACCUGGACCCUGACGCUCUGCUCACAUGUUUGUGUUUGGGUGUGACUCCUGCAGGGAAAAGAGGAAACAGCUAAUUCCUCAUCGCACUGUAUAUAGUGAUUAAGUGCUAGAGCUAUUCUCAGAUGCUGAAGCUUCCUGAGGGGGCAUAAGCGUGCCACCAUUUAUGUUUGCUGUGCCGGGUUGCAUUCAUGUCAUACAGGACAUGGGGGGAUUUUUACAGCAUGAAAAUCCUGUUCAGUCCCUUCAGCUCAAGGAGAAAACACUGACCAGUCAUGUUCUGUGGAAGAGUCUGCAACUACAGAUGAAACAGUUGAAACAUAUAUGGUAAAUUAUGAUCUCAAUUUGUCAUCUUGUUGAGAUUUUCUGGUCUCACUGUUUAUCAGUGGAGGAAGCAGCAUUCGCAUCCAGCCAUUUCGUCCAUUCGUCCCAUUCUCGUGGACACGAUAUCUCAGUAACUCCUUGAGGGAACUUCAAAUUUGGCACAAACAUUCACGUGGGCUAAAGGAUGAACGGAUUGGAUUUUGGUGGCCAAAGGUCAAGGUCACAGUUUCCUUGCAAAACAGGAUUUUGGCCUUGUGAACAGGAUAUCUUGAGAACACACGUGUUAUUGUGGAGACAUAAUUCUAGUUUGAGUAAAUGUGCUGAAUCAUUAUGAGCUAAAUGUAUUAAGGGUUGAAGUACUGUUGGCUCAUUUUAAAGGCAGAUGCACCUUUGCAACCCAGAAUUGUCCUAGAACUGUACAGCAGUGUCUUUGUAAAUUAUUCAAUAAAGCCGUUAAUUACAGUGUAUAAGCUCUUUAAAAUAAGCUCACUAAGAAACACUUGAGGCUCCAGUGUACAGCUCCACACAAAAUCCAGCCAGAGCAUUUCAGUCUGAAUUUGAAUUAGUCUGUUUGGCUCAUGUCAGCGCUGACUAACCCUCGCCAUUACCGAGCUACUGUAGUGGGCUACGGUCCGAGCUAAUAUGAAAUACUGUUUGACAGUUUUUUUAAAAUGCAGCUACAAGCUGAACGUACUGUGUGUUUCACACUCAAAGUCUUAAUGCUGUAGAGAUAUAAGGUGGCAAGUACUCAAGUACUUAAACUUUCUACCACUUCUAUUAACAGUGAGGCAGAUAUCAUUUACUUCUGGUUGGAUUAGGUCAUAGUGGGUAAUGUUACGAAUUCAUAAGCAGGACUGUUAAUGAAGUUCCUUGUCAGGUUAUUUUAUUGAUAAACUAUUUAAUUGCUUUUCCAGAAAAUGUCCUGUUACCACAAUAAUGGCCAUUAUCGCACUUUAAAAUGACACAUUUGGUUCAGAUCAGCCCCUCCUUAUAAAUUAUCUUCUUGUUACAUUGCUUUGAUUCAAAACUUGAAAAAGUCUAAAUAAAUCUUUAUCUAAUAAUUGGCAUGAAGUCCUGCAGUUCACUGUUUAAUGACAGUAACAGACAGUUUGUCCAUUGUACACUUGUUAAACAUGAUUGCAGCACAGUGGCCAGCAGCCAGGUCAUGGUCUCUGAUGUCAUCAACAAGGAAGUGUCAGGUGUGGGGAAUGAUGUGCUGCUGCUAAAGUAACAAUCCUACUAAAUACUCAAGUCUGGCAGGUAUAUUUAGCUACAACAAACCAGCUGUUUCUGGGGUGCCUCGGUGGUGCACACCACAUAAGCUUAGUCUUACAGCAUGGCCAUGGGUUCGAUUCCAACCCGUGGCCCUUAGCUGCAUGUCAUCCCCUCUCUCUCUCUCUUCCUGAAUUUCCUGUCUAUCUCUCACCAUACUGUCUGAAUAAAGGCAAAAAUGCCCUAAAAAUAUAACUAAAAAAAAAACAGCUGUUUCUCCCAUAUGACAUGAAUGCAACACCAGUCUCUACAUGGGACACAGCUGAACUUGGUUGUUGCCAAGCAGCAGAUUUAAUGAACUGUGAAGCUUUUGUUUUAUGAGGAUAGUGAUGGGUUGAUUUGGUUUGUUUCG